UUCUCCUCAACCUCAACAGAAAACGCCAUUUCGUGAUUCCGCGUGAAGUCAUGUCGAAGAUUUGAAUUUAUUACUAGUUAUUUAUUUACUAAAUUUAUUUGUUUCUUUGUAAUUGUAAGCAUUUAUAUCGACGUGCGAAGUGUAAGUUCCUUUGACCAUGGAUCCCGCGGAGCUGAAUAAGUUGAAAGUGGUGGAUCUCCGCAAGAUGUGCCAAGACCGCGGUUUGGACCAAAAAGGCGUCAAAGCUGUAUUGGUUGAAAGGUUAGCUGAAGCCCUCGGAUCCGAUGGAAAUGGUUCCAGCGAAGGAGUGGCCGGGAGCAGGGAGGAGUCGAUGGACGCGGAUCAGAACUGGGAGAGCAACGAGGCCUCGCGAGAGCCGGCGGACUACGGCGAGGAGAACGACAACGCCAUGGAGGCCACCGACGAGGACUUCGAAGGUGGCCAGGCCGUCUACAACGAGAUGGACGAUUCCAACUCCCAGAUGAACUCAAAUUCCAACCAGAACUACCAGCCGGACGAGUCCCGCUCUCAGUCCCCGUUGGAGGAACAAAAUCAACAACAAAAUCAGGAGUUCAGCUAUCAGCAGGAUGACAGUGAGAGUCAGGGACAGUUCGCCAACCAGCAAGAAUACCAGGAGCAGGAGGAGCAGGGAUUCCAGGAGAACGAGUACUACCAACCGGAAGCGGCCCAGGCUGAACCGGAAGUCGAGGAGGAAGAGCCCGAGCCGACGCCUGUACCUGCACCUGCCGGCAACGUUGAGCCUGAAGCGUCUACCGGCAUCGCCGCGCUAUCAGUCGCCGCUGAUAAGCAGUCUGAAAUGGAGUCCAACGGAGUUAUGGAUGAGGGUAUCAAGCAAGAAUAUGAUGAAAACUUUGCUCCAAAUCCAAUGCAAGAAGAAUUGCAGGCUCCUGCUGUAAAACCAGAACGUCAAAGAAAGAACCGAUGGGGCGACAAGGUCGAAGCUCCUGUCCAAGUGAAAGAAGAGGAAGAAAAAGUUUUAGAACGAGGAAGCGUUAAAAGGCGGCACUCACCAAGCCCAACAAGAUCUAGGCAUUCAGAACCAACGGUACCACUCAAACCAGAUGAUGAGCCACCAUCCAACGAUCAAGAUGUCCUUCUUGGAUGGUAUGAUUCCGAUUUGAAUUUGAAAAUUGACCCCAAGAACUUCCGUGAAGCCUCUCCGAUGAGUGAUCAAGCAUUUGCAUACAUCUGGGCAGGUGCAAGAGCUACUUACGGUUUCAACUCCGGAAAAGUUUACUAUGAAACUAAGCUUGUUGAAAACAAUGACACAUCACAUAUUGACAAUGAACCAGAUCCCAAUGUCAUGCGAAUUGGUUGGUCAGUCAUGUAUGCAAACAUGCAGUUGGGUGAGGAACCCUUGUCCUUUGGUUAUGGAGGAACUGGAAAAUUUUCUCAUGACAACAAAUUUUCAAAUUAUGGAAAACCAUUCCAAGUUGGCAAUGUUGUCGGUGCAUAUUUGGAUUUUGAAAGUAAUCCGACGCACAUCGAAAUCUCUUACUCAGUUGAUGGACAGCAUUUAGGUGUAGCACAUUCAGUUGAAAAAUCCACUUUUGGGUCAAGCCCUCUCUUCCCUCAUGUACUAAGUAAAAACGUACGUUUUGAAUGCAAUUUUGGCGCCACCACUUGGUUUCCUCCGAUAGAAGGCUUCAGGUAUGCAGGGCAUUUUGCUCUAGAAGAACGAAUACCUGGCCCUAAAACACCACCGACUCGUGGGGAUUGUGAAAUCAUAAUGAUGUGCGGUUUGCCUGGCUGUGGAAAGACAACUUGGAUCAAAGACUAUGUUGUGCAAAAUCCUGAAAAACUUUACAAUAUCCUUGGAACGAACAACUUAAUUGACAAAAUGAAGGUGAUGGGUCUUCCACGAAAGAAUAACUAUGCUGGUCGAUGGGAUGUGUUGAUUGAAAAAUGCACCAAAUGUUUGAACAAACUACUAGAAAUCGCUGCUUAUCGACGAAGGAAUUAUAUCAUUGAUCAGACGAACGUUUAUCCAACGGCUCAAAAACGUAAAAUGCGCAACUUUGUCGGAUUCAAACGACGCGCCGUAGUCAUUGUACCAACUGAUGAAGAGUUCAAGAAACGUUGCGAAAAGCGUGACAAGGAAGAAGGAAAAGAUAUUCCUGAUUCAGCUGUUCUUGACAUGAAAGCUAAUUUCCGACUCCCUGAAGAGGGUGAAAUUUUCGACGAAGUAGAGUUCAUUGAACUUCAAAGAGAAGAAGCACAGAAGUUAGUCGAAAUUUACAAUAAAGAAGGUCGAGACGCUGGCUAUGGAAAGAAACAGUCUAGCUUCAGCUCCGGGCGUGACUCAAGAGGCGAUAAGAAAUUUAAGUCUGAACAUGACUACCCCUCUAGAGAUAGAUGGAGCAGUGGUGACCGAGGUCGUUGGGGUGACCGUGAAUCCAGAGGAGGGUGGCAUCCUCGUGGUGGAAUGGACCGUGAUGGUGAUAGAGGCCACCGUGGAAGAAGUGACUCGCGUGACAGAGGCCGAGGUGGUGGAUGGCAAGACCGAAUGAGGGGUGGCCCACCUAUGGGCAGAGGUUUUAGAGGUGGCAGAGGUGGACCGGACUGGCGGUCUCGCGACGAUCGAGACUUCGAUGGUGGUAGAGGUGGAAUGAGAGGUCGCGGAGGUAUGGACCGUGGCGGAUUUAGAGGGCGCGGAAUGCCUCGUGGUGGUCCCCGAGGAAGAGGCUUUGAUGGUCCUCGAGGUGGACCACGCGGACGCGGUGGAUUUGGUGACAGAGAUGGUUUUGGUGGAGAUAGAGGCUAUGGUGACAGAAGCUACAAUGACCGAAACAAUUUCAAUGACAGGAGUUAUGGCGAUAGAUCUGGACGAGAUGACAAGAGACGGGAUGGUAGUGAAAGAGGAGGACGCGGCGGAAGUCGAGACGGAGAUGCUAGCCAGAAUCGUAAUCAGACAGCUAGUCAGAAUAACAUGGCUCAAAAUCAGAAUGCAGGUGGAAAUUGGAUGCAAGGAUAUGGUCAGAACCAAGGUUGGGGUGCAUGGAACAACUAUGCCAACCAGUGGAAUCAGUACAACGCAGCCGCUGCUACAGCAGCUACCCAACAGCAAGGUGGAUGGAAACAAGCUGGAUAUGGCACACAACAAGCGUCCGGAACCACAGCUACAACGCAAGCACAGCAACAAACAGCAGCUGCCAAUGCUAACUACACGCAAGCUUAUCAACAACAAGCUGCUGCUUACGGUCAAUAUCCAAACGCGUACAACUGGAAUCAGUAUGGCCAAUAUGCCCAGCAGUAUAGCCAAUGGGCUCAGCAAUGGGGUCAAUACGGUUACAACUAUGGUGCUGCAGCUGGCACAACCGGAGUAGCAGCAGGUGCCACCACGGGUGCCGUUGCAGGAGCAACAAAUACAGCAGUUCCUCCUCCAGCUGUAGCAAACAAAUAAUCGCUCAUCCUUGAGUGAUCUCUGUAAUUUUACUCCUUGACAUUUAAUGAUGUGUGUAAAAAUUCAAGCCAUUUCCCCGAGUUAGAUGCACGCUAAGUCCACUCAACAAGAAUCUUUUUGUUAGAUCAGUUACACAAGUUGCAAUGAAUUUGAUCUUGGAUACUCUUGUAUUUGUGAUCAAUAUCAGCGUCAGUCCAAAGGCCAAAUUCCUAAGUCUCAAAUCAUUAGCGUCAUUAUUUUUGCGGGAAGCACAAUAGUUGAUGUCACUCGUGGUUUUUUCUACCGUGGUCUCAGUGAAUCUCAAUGAAUGAACAGUAAUCCAUGAUUUUGUAAAGGCAGCACCAAUGAAACCUGGGUAGAUAAAAACCAUGGUACAUGAAUGUGGAGGAUGACACGUCCAUUGUGUUUUUUCUCAAUGAAAAUUCUCAUGAACCUUUGACGCAGGAUCACCAUGUUUACUGCAUUGUGAAUAUCUCUUAUUGAAACUAGAUACUAUGAUGUCUGCAAUUGUCUAAUUUGAUCGCUGUCUCUCUCUAUCCCCCAAGUUCCAGUUUGACUAGUUAACCUGAGCUAUUUUUACUUGAUCUUUAUUUUUAAGCACAGCAAGUAAUAAAACAAUUUCUAGAAUGUAUAAAUCUAUUCCAUUUGGUGAUAACAAUAUCUAUUUCCACUUGUAGCAAAACUGUAAGUGCUAAAUUGCACGUUCACGUUAGCAUUGAGUGAAAACUCCAUUGAAGAUCUCCGAGAACCUGUGGCUAUCAUAAUUCUCAUAAAAAUUUAUUUUUUAUAUAAUUGUAAUAAUUUAAUUGUUUGUGUAUCAUGAAUGAAAAGAAUUUGUAUUGAAGAUAUUGAAUUAUCUUUUCUGGAUGUAUAAAUUUGUAUAUAUAUAGUUUGUAAUCUUACUGAUGUGUUAUCUUCGAUUGAAAUAAUCUCUUGUUUCUCCAUCAUUUUUUCACUUUUACUUUUUCAAAUGAAUUUUAUUCCUGAAGA